CGUCGAACCAACCCCCGAACUUUCCUUCUUGUUCGAAAAAAAUUCAGAAUAGUAGAUGGGUAAAGCGAAAAGGUACUGGCUACUGAAAACGGAACCAGGAGAGUGGUCAUGGGAGGACCAAGAGGCCAAUGAAGGUGUAUCAAAGUGGGACGGGGUGAAGAACAAGCAAGCCCAGAAGAAUAUGAAAUCCAUGCGAAUAGGGGACCUCUGUUUUUUUUACCAUUCGGGCACGAAAGCACGUCGCGUGGUUGGUGUGGUCUGCGUGGAGCGUCAGUGGUAUGAAGACGACAGUGAUGGUGGUGGUGCGGUUGAUGUGAAGAAGGUAGGGGAGAUGGGGAGGCCGGUGGGCUUGGCUGAGAUGAAAAGGGAGCUGAAGGGGGUGGAGUUUGGUCUGUUCAGGCAGCCAAGGUUGUCGGUUGUUCCGGUGGAGGAAGAUGUUUGGAGAAAAGUAUGUGAAAUGGGUGGUGGAUAUGAUGGGGACAAUGACGGUCAGUCGGUCAGUAUGCUUAAUGGUGAUUAGGGGGGUGCUCUAAAGGUGUGUGAUAUGUUAAUAGUUAUAACCACUGACUUUUUGGAAGGGGUGCUUUUAGGCUAGCAGUUUCUUUAUUUUGGCUAUGGGGGAUAUGCUUUAAAUGUGUUUGAUAUUUUGUAGCAAAGGGGAUAUGUUAAUAGUUAUAAUCCCUGCUUUUUGGAAGGGUACUUUUAGGCUAGCAACAUCCUUAUUUUGGCUAUGAAUCUUCUAUAAUGUGUGAUAUGAUGGUUGGAAUCAAGGAACUUUAAGCUAUUUUUGCAUCUUAGAGAUGAAUGAAUGAUUGAUUUUAA